AUGUAUCCCGUAGCAUUUUUUUACGGGAGAGACUUACCCAGGAGCCCCACUCGUAGAAAACAACCGAAGACGUUCGCGUUCGACCACUGCUUCUACUCGCUGGACUCGGCGCUCCCCAACUUCGCGUCCCAGAAGACGGUCUUCGAAUGCCUCGGGCGGGACAUCCUCGACAACGCCUUCGACGGCUACAACGCCUGCAUCUUCGCCUACGGGCAGACAGGUUCCGGCAAGUCUUACACGAUGAUGGGUUCGCCGGGCGCAGACGAGGGCGGCAUCAUACCGCGCCUCUGCGACGCACUCUUCGAGAGGAUCGCCAAGCAACAAUCGCCACCCGCACUCACGUAUAAGGUGGAGGUGUCGUACAUGGAGAUCUACAACGAGCGGGUGCACGACCUGCUAGAUCCGGAGACGACGCGGCGAUCGCUGCGCGUGAGGGAGCACGCCGUGCUCGGGCCAUACGUCGACGGGCUGUCGCAGCUGGCCGUCACCUCGUUCCAGGACAUCGACAACUUGAUGACGGAGGGCAACAAGUCGCGCACCGUCGCCGCGACGAACAUGAACAGCGAGUCGUCUCGCUCGCACGCGGUGUUCAGCGUGGUGCUGACGCAGACGCUGUGCGACGCCGCCACUGGGGUGACGGGCGAGAAGGUGGCGCGGCUGUCGUUGGUGGACCUCGCCGGCUCCGAGAGGGCGGUGAAGACGGGCGCGGUGGGCGACAGGCUCAAGGAGGGCUCCAACAUCAACAAAUCGUUAACAACGUUGGGCCUCGUAAUAUCCAAGCUCGCAGAUCAAUCGUCGGGUAAGAACAACAAGGACAAAUUCGUGCCGUACAGAGAUUCCGUGCUAACGUGGUUGCUGAAGGACAACCUCGGCGGCAAUAGCAAAACUGUUAUGGUUGCUACUCUGUCGCCGGCGGCGGACAACUACGAGGAGACGCUUUCGACUCUACGUUACGCCGACCGCGCCAAGCGGAUCGUCAACCACGCGGUGGUCAACGAGGAUCCCAAUGCGCGAAUCAUCCGCGAGCUACGACAGGAGGUUGAGGCUCUCAAGGAGAUGCUCAAGCACGCCACGGGUUCGCCCGUUGGCGAAGAUGUACACGAACAGCUGGCUCAGAGCGAACACCUGAUGAAAGAAAUGUCGAGGACAUGGGAAGAGAAACUUGUGGAAACCGGUCGAAUACAAAGCGAGAGGCAGCAUGCUUUAGAGAAGAUGGGUAUCAGCGUGCAGGCGAGCGGAAUCAAAGUGGAGAAGAACAAGUACUAUCUCGUCAAUCUCAACGCAGACCCGUCCCUCAACGAGCUCCUUGUGUACUACUUGAAGGAGCGGACCCUGGUGGGCGCGGACAGCUCGGCCGACAUCCAGCUGUCGGGGCUGGGCAUCCAGCCGCAGCACUGCGAGCUGCGGCUGGAGGGCGGCGUGCUGCACAUGCGCCCCCUGGCGGGCGCGCGCUGCUUCGUCAACGGCGCCCCCGUCGCCGACGAGGUGCGCCUCGGCCACGCGGACCGCAUCCUCUGGGGCAACCACCACUUCUUCAGGGUCAACUGCCCCAAGGGCACAGCGGCGGCGGCGUCGGAACCGCAAACGCCGGCGCAGCCGAUCGACUACAACUUCGCUCGCGACGAGAUCAUGCUGAACGAGUUGAGCAACGACCCCAUACAGACAGCCAUCUCGAGGCUCGAGCGGCAGCACGAGGAGGACAAGCAGGUCGCGCUGGAGAAACAGAGACAGGAGUACGAGCGUCAGUUCCAGCAGCUCAGAAAUAUCCUGUCACCUACCACGCCAUAUCCGCCGUAUUCGUACGAUCCCUUAAAACUGGGCAAGAUGGCGGCGUGCACGCCCACGACGGCGGCGCGCGUGGAGCGCUGGGCGGCGGAGCGCGACGACACGUUCAAGCGGUCGCUGGGCCGGCUCAAGGCGGACAUCCUGCGCGCGAACGCGCUCGUGCAGGAGGCCAACUUCCUCGCGGAGGAGAUGCGCCGCAACACGCGCUUCAGCGUCACGCUGCAGAUACCGCCGCAGAACCUCUCGCCCAACAGGAAGCGCGGCGCCUUCGUGUCGGAGCCGGCCAUAAUGGUGCGGCGGCCGGGGCGCGGCGGCCAGGUGUGGUCCAUGGAGAAGCUCGACAACAAGCUGGUGGACAUGCGCGACAUGUACGACGAGUGGAGGCGCCGCCAGCAGAGCGGGGACGCGCUGCCAGAAGAGGAGCCAGAGCAUAUAGACGCGGAGUCACCAACGGAGCCGGCUGAGAAGGCCUUGGACCCGUUCUAUGAGUCCCAGGAGAACCACAACUUGAUCGGCGUGGCUAACAUCUUCCUGGAGGCGCUCUUUCAUGACGUCACACUGGAUUAUCACACGCCCAUCAUCAGCCAGCAGGGAGAGGUAGCUGGAAGGCUGCAGGUGGAGAUAAGCCGCGUGUCGGGCCAGUUCCCGCAGGACAGGAUCUGCGAGGCGGCCUCCGACAGCUCGGGGGACAUGCGCGACGAGGACGAGCCCCUGGACCCUGCUUCGCAACAGGUGACGAUCCGCGUGGCGAUCAAGCAGGCGACCGGGCUGCCGCCGUCGCUGUCGCACUUCGGUGUUCUGCCAGUACUCGCUGUGGGGCGCGGGCGGCGGCGGCGAGCCGGUGGUGGUGGCGCCGCUGGUGAGCGCGGACGCGGCGCCCCCCGCGCCCCCCCCCAGCCGCCCGCCCCGCACGGGCCCUCCUCGCCGCGUGGCCCGCCCCACCACCUCUCCGUGCGCUUCGACCACCGCCGCGACUUCAGGCUGCCGCUCACCGAGGAGUUCGUCGAGCACUGCGCCGAGGGCGCCCUCUCGAUCGAGGUGUGGGGCCACCGCUCGGCGGGGUUCAGCCGCGCGCGCGGCAACUGGGAGGUGGAGCAGCGGCAGCUGGCCAAGGCGCGCUCCCUCGCCGACCGCUGGGCGGAGCUCACGCGCAAGAUCCAGCUCUGGGUCGAGAUCCACGAGCUCAACGACAACGGCGAGUACGCGCCCGUGGAGGUGACGCAGCGCAGCGACAUGGUGACAGGCGGCGUGUACCAACUGCGGCAGGGGCAGCAGCGGAGAGUGGCGGUGCGGGUGCGCCCCGCACAGAAUUCGGGCACGCUGCCCAUUAUAUGCCAGCAUAUUGUCAGCGUAGAGGUCGGCUCCGUCACCGUCAGAUCGCGCCUCCAGAAGCCGCUGGACUCGUACCAGGAGGAGGACCUGGCCGUGCUGCGGGAGCGCUGGAGCGAGGCCCUAGCCCGUCGGAGGCAACACCUGCACGCCCAGCUGCAGAAACUAGUCAAUAUGUCGCCGUCCAUGAAAAGCGAACGCGACAUGGAGAGAGAGCAGUCACUCGUCGAGCAAUGGGUCUCGUUGACAGAAGAACGGAACGCUGUUUUGGUUCCCAGUCCUGGAAGUCCCAUACCAGGAGCACCAGCUGCCUGGAGCCCGCCCCCCGGCAUGGAACAGCACAUACCAGUUCUAUUUUUGGAUUUAAAUGCGGACGACCUGAGCACGCACCCGUCCGGCGAGGAGGUGACGGUGGCGGGGCUGCACUCGAUCCUGCCCAAGGAGCACGGCAACCGCUUCUACGAGCUGCACCUGCUGCAUCACCACGACAAGGACGUGGCCGCCGUCGCCUCCUGGGACUCCUCCAUACACGACUCGCAGUACCUCAACCGCAUCACCGAGCCAAACGAACGCGUGUACCUGAUAUUAAAAACGACCGUGAGACUGUCGCACCCCGCCCCAAUGGAUCUCAUACUUAGGAAACGGCUAGCGCUGAACAUCUACAAACGUCAGAGUCUCACAGACAGGAUACGCAAGAAAAUUGUAAGGACCGACCAGCUGACGCAGACGGGCGUCACGUACGAGGUGGUGUCGAACAUCCCCAAGGCCUCCGAGGAGUUGGAGGAGCGCGAGAGUCUGGCGCAGAUCGCCGCCACCGGCGAGGAGGCGAGCGCCGCCGACGGCGAGACGUACAUUGAGAAGUACACACGCGGCGUGAGCGCGGUCGAGAGCAUCCUGACCCUGGACCGGCUGCGGCAGAGCGUGGCCGUGCGCGAGCUGGAGCAGGCGCGCGGCCAGCCGGUCACCAUGCGCAAGACCGCCUCCGUGCCCAACUUCUCGCAGUUAGUACGCCGUACAUUCCCUUGGCUCCUGGGCGACCCAAGCCCCGAGAGCGGGCCACCGGGCGAUGAGCGUCCCUUUAGUAUUGACAUCUGCGGAGGCGAUCUGACCCAGGCGCCCGAGGUCUGCAACAAGGGCGGCACGAACAUCAUGCGGCUGGACGCGUCGCUCGAGUCGCUGAGCGGGCUCGGCGGCGCGCGCUCCGGCAGCGUGGCCGACCUGGCGGAGGAGCCGCGGCGCCGGGCGCACCGGCACUCGUACGCGGCGCCCGCCCACUGCGAGCCGGACCCGUGCACGCCGCCCAAGCCCUUCGGACUCGGUGAGUACGCGUGCGCGCCGAGCAUCGAGCUCGGGGCGCUGAGCUGCGAGCUCAGUGCCGCCGUCGUCGGAUUGACUCGGCCAACGUUCCUAAACUUGAAUUUGAACCUGAACUCACUGCGACUGCAGACGCCGAACAAGUCGUCCCCGGCGAGCGGCAAGCUGGGAUUGCGAAUGACGACCCUUCACGAGGAACCGGGAAGGAGGAACGAUGACGACUCCCAUUCGGAGCCGGAGUCGGCGCCCACCGACGGGAUAUCAACGCCCCGAUCACACCGCACACGUGGUCGUGGUGCUUCGCGCGGCUUCCUGCCCACAUCCAAGACCUUGGACUCUUUACACGAGCUGGCCUGCGAACGCGCACCAAACAAGAACUCACCAUCCCUAUCAUCCAGUGGUUACGGCUCCCAGGCCGUCUCCUCUACCAACCUGAGCAACGACGACACGCUCUCCAUCCGGAGCAUGUCCGCCGACGACACGCCCGACUUCGACCGCACGUUGGACUACGCUCAGUUCGCGCGCACCAGGUCGACCGUGCUCGGCCUGAGGAGCGAGAUCACCGAGCUCAAGAACGACAUCACCGAGCUCAAGAACGACAUCGUCGACUCGAAGAACGAGCUGAGCGAGGCAACGAACGACGCGUCGUUCGGAGCCAAGGCCGGCACUCCGGCCCUCACGCCCGGUUCUAGGAGCCGCGUCAACCCGUUCCUGAGGGACUGCGAGGGCGCCACUGAGCACGCCCGCGAAGGCCAACUGGUCGACCCCCUCGGCGCUAUACCGGUGGAGACCCACCCUAUGUCGACCAGCCCCACGGCCAAGAGCGCCCCGGUGGAGAGCGCCAAGGUCAACGGCGACGCUUCCCACGACACCACGUUCGGCGAUGCGGAAGCGGAGGCGGAGGCGGAAUCGACCAGUUCGGAGCCGUCGAGUCGUGACGUCAGCGGUGAGGCGUCCUCCGUUGGUGACAGCGAUUCCACUGGCAACGACGCCCCCGUGGCCACGCAUCUGCCAGCCGGGAAGGUGGUGCGCAGGCGAGCGGGCGCGUCGGCCCGCGCGGCGUCGCGCGCCUCCUUCCCCGCCGCGCGCCCCCGCUCCGGCGCCGAGCACUCGCGCGCCCUCUACGACACGCCCGCCUCCUCCAGCGAGCGCAUAGGCGACGAGGAGUCUUCUGAGAACGGCAAAGCGUUCGCGGUGCCGGAGUGGCUGUCGCUGGGCGAGAGCGUGCAGCUGCGCCUCAGCUCUGGCACCGGCGUGGUGGCCUACGUGGGGCCCACGCACUUCGCGCACGGCCUCUGGGUCGGCGUCGAGCUCGACGCGCCCAUCGGCAAGAACGACGGCUCUGUGGGCGGCACCCGGUACUUCGCGUGCCGGCCGCGGCACGGCAUCUUCGUGCGGCCCGACAAGCUGGCGCACGACCGGCGCGGCAGGAGCGCGCGCGCGUACCGCGACGCCGAGCUGCGGCGCGCGCACAGCAAGGGCGAGGGCCUGCAUAACCUGCACCGGUCCAGGAGCCGCGGCGACAGCAUAAACGCCGUCGGCACGAAAACUCGGAGGUUGACAUCAGUUGACCUUAUUCGGAGCGAGUGUCGUCUGGCCGUCGCGCGGUCGAAGGGUGGCGCGCCUUUUGCCUGGCACUGCUCCUACCUCUUACGAGAGGAGACAUCUUUCCAUAAUGACAUCGCAUUCGAAUUGCGUGACUUGCUACCAGCGAACACAAAGAAAAGUCCGUACCCUUUCUUCGGAGCCUUCAAUAAGCCCUCGGCAGUUGGAGCGGCUGCUUGGAAGCGAUCCACGGACCUGCAAAAUGAGUUCAUACAUAAGACUUCAUUAAAGAUGGAUCAACCGGGACCAUCGUCGUCUAACCAGGAUCCUCGCUUUGAUUUCAUUGGCUCUUAUGCAGUGAAAUCACUCAAGCUCAAACCCGAGAAAUGGAUGCGGCUAGUGAGCGUCGAGGAGCACAGGUCAAUAUUAAAGGAAUUUGUCGACAAGCCAUUCCCGGUUCUUCUUGUAGUGGUACUGACGCAUUCAGCUCAGCUAGUACCCGUUAUUUCAUUCCCAUGUUAUUUAAAAAACAAAGCCGUUUAUUAUAUUAAAAAGAAGCCAGAUGUCGUACCGAAGGAGAACUGCGCUGAUAUGGUAAUUUUUGGUGAUCUAGCGCCGAGAUUGAUUGAUGAACUAGCGUCGUUAGUGGACGAAGUAUUUGUCCCCUUAUUAUCCAAUCCCUUAAAUCACGAAGGAUGGCCGUUGGUUGUUUCAAAAGACAUUCUGAAACAAAUACACAAUCUUAAAAGCACGGUUUACGAGGUCAAAGGUAAGGUUAACGGUCAAACGGUCCUCCCAAUGCCGGUGGGCGUGGAGUUGGUCCACGAUGCGGAAAAGGAAAUAUUAAAAGGAAAAGAAGUUGACCUAUAUUUGAAGAGUGCCAUUGAAGGAGUUGUGAUUAAAUGGGCUCAACAAAUCAAUGAUGUGAUGAUGGAGGACUCGUCGCAAGCUUUUGAUAAUGGGCAGAACCCGCUACCUAACGACCUAUUCACUGAGCAGUCUAACCGAUUGCAAAAAUACGGACACAUGGAAGUUGAUGCAUUCAUGCCACCAAUAGCGGGAGGCCUUCUGUUCAUGAAUAUGCUGGCUGCAAGGAUAACCAAGCCUGUAGCUAGCUUUCGCAAUUUGCCGCACCCGCAGUAUAGAAUAAAUCUCGGAAUAACUAUUGAUUGGUAUAAUCAAAUAAGAAAGGAUAGUCAGAAAGUUGAAUUUGAUUUGGUUGAAGACGAAAUAAUAGCUAUAGAUGAAAGAAUUGACAUGGCCCAAAACAAGCUCAAUUGGAAUUCUCAAGAUCUAUGGAACUAUUUGGAGGAAUUACAUAAAUUGGUGGGAAAUUUAUACCAACGAAUGUCAAAAAUACAAGACAAUCUAAAAGAAAUCAAAUCGGUUAUGAAAGUAUGGGCCUUGCAGCCGUUAUUUGAAAGAAAAGAAGAAAAAAAGGUAGACAUACGACCAUUCAGACAGGCGUUAUUAAAUACUGUUAGAAAAUGGGGUAACAUGUAUAAAGAACACUUGGUUAAUAAUGUGAUUUCCAGUCUUAGCGAUCUAGGCAAUUUCAUCAGACAAGCUGAUGAAGGUUUGUUACAACCUGUGCCUGAAGGUGAUUACGAGGCUUUAGUCACAGUAAUGGGAUAUUUGAUGAACGUAAAGGAUAGGACGAUGAAUACAGAUGAAAUGUUCCAACCUUUGACCGAAACUAUUGAACUACUUAAAUUUUACGACAUGGAUAUACCAGAAGAAGUCAACGUUCUUUUACAAGAAUUACCUGAACAGUGGCAAGCCACCAAGAAAUUAGCUUUAACUGUGAAACAACAAGUUGCACCACUACAAGCAGCUGAAGUGGCUUGUAUAAGAAAAAAGAUAACGAUGUUUGAUGUUCAACUUCAAAACCUUAUAACAUCAAAAUUCAUUGCACAUUUUUUGGAAGAGGUAUCGAGUUGGCAACAAAAGCUUUCAAUCGCUGACCAAGUUAUAACGGUAUGGUUCGAAGUACAAAGGACUUGGUCGCAUUUAGAGAGUAUUUUCAUGAGCUCCGAAGAUAUCAGAAAACAACUUCCCGAAGAUUCAACUAGAUUCGAUAGAAUUGAUGCCGAGUUUAAGAUUCUUUCAAAAGACAUGGCAAAAAUUCCUAAUGUCGUGAAGGCGACUAACAAAAAAGGAUUAGUUGAGAAAUUAGAUGGCUUACAAAAGGAUUUAAUUAUCUGUGAAAAAGCUUUAGCUGAAUAUUUGGAAACAAAGAGAUUGGCCUUUCCGAGAUUUUAUUUUGUCUCCUCAGCGGACUUGUUGGAUAUCUUGUCAAAUGGAAAUCAAGCUGAGUUGGUGAUUAGACAUUUAACGAAGCUUUUCGACUCCAUCGCAAAGCUCAAAUUUAUUGAAAGUGAUAAACCAGCAGAGAAAGUUGCAGCAGGCAUGAUUGCUAAAGAUGGUGAAUAUGUUCCAUUUCAUGGAUCUUGUGACUGCACUGGACCUGUUGAAAUUUGGUUAAAUAGACUACAAGCUAUAAUGAGAUCAACAAUUCGUCACUACUUCGAAUUCACAAAAUGGUGGGUCAACGAGUUUAAAACUGUAAAAUUUCCACAAGGCGGAACCGUAUUUGAUUACUAUAUUGAUUCUGAAACAAAACAGUUUACACCAUGGACCGAAAAGAUUACGAAGUUUGAAUUGGAUUCAGAUAUUCCACUGCAGGCAGUGCUUGUCCCUACUGCUGAAACCAUAAGGAUUAGAUACUUUUUGGAUUUACUGAUGAAAAAUAGACAUCCAGUAAUGUUAGUCGGCGGUGCAGGCUGCGGUAAAACUGUUUUGGUCAAUGAAAAAUUGCAAAGCCUAUCUGAAGCGUACGCUAUUCAAUCCGUACCUUUUAAUUUUUACACUUCAUCAGAAAUGCUACAGAAGGUGUUAGAGAAACCAUUGGAGAAGAAGGCUGGUAGAAACUUUGGCCCGCCUGGAAAUAAAACUCUGAUAUACUUCAUAGAUGAUAUGAAUAUGCCAGAAGUCGACACGUAUGGAACGGACAUAGACGAAGGUGUCGUGUUUGAACGCCCCAAUAUUUACUGUCACUUCGCUGGUGGUAUCGGCGAGCCUAAAUAUAUGCCUAUUUCCUCAUGGGACCAGCUUAACAAAUUGUUGACGGAAGCGAUGGCUAGUUACAACGACCUCAUUGCCGCCAUGAAUCUUGUGUUGUUCGAAGACGCUAUGAUGCAUAUAUGCAGGAUUAGCCGGAUCCUCGAAAGUCCACGGGGCAGUGCCUUAUUGGUUGGUGUUGGAGGAUCUGACGCCCAAGUAGCAAACGAGCAGUUUCUGGUUCUGAUUAACGAUUUAUUAGCAUCAGGAGAAGUUGCUGAUCUAUUCCCAGAUGAUGAAAUAGAGAAUAUAAUUGGUGGAGUGAGAAAUGAGGUAGAUGAGCUAAAAGCCAAACUAGCAAUCCAAGAAAUCGAGUUGCAACAAAAGAACGAAGCUGCUGAUAAGCUAAUAGAAAUGGUGGGCGUUGAAACUGCAAAAGUUCAAAGCGAGAAAGCUCUCGCUGACGAGGAAGAAGAAAAAGUGGCAGUAAUAGCAGAAGAGGUUUCUAAAAAGCAAAAAGACUGCGAGGAAGAUUUAAUUAAAGCAGAACCCGCCCUCGUUGCUGCUCAAGAGGCUUUGAACACUUUAAAUAAAGCCAAUCUUACCGAGCUUAAGUCAUUCGGAUCACCCCCCGGUGCGGUGACAAAUGUUACCGCCGCUGUUAUGGUAUUACUUGCCCCUGGAGGCAAAAUUCCUAAAGACCGAAGUUGGAAAUCUGCUAAGAUGAUGAUGGCUAAAGUGGAUGUGUUCUUGGAGUCUCUUGUUCAUUAUGAUAAGGAAAAUAUACAUCCAGAUGUAAUUAAGGCAAUCCAGCCUUAUCUGAAGGAUUCUGAGUUUGAACCUGAGUUUGUACGAUCUAAAUCAGCAGCCGCCGCUGGACUAUGUGCUUGGGUUAUUAAUAUCAUUAAGUUUUAUGAGGUAUUCUGCGACGUGGAACCCAAACGUAAAGCUUUAGCAGCGGCUAAUGCGGAGUUGGCAGCUGCCACCGAAAAAUUAAAAUCAAUUAAAUCUAAAGUUGCGCCACCAAUUCCAAUAACAGAAGGCCUUGACCCCCUUACAAUGCUAACGGACGAUACAACAAUAGCAAUGUGGCAGAAUGAAGGUCUGCCAUCAGAUCGUAUGAGCACUGAAAACGCUACGAUACUUUCGAACUCCGAUCGCUGGCCACUUAUGAUUGAUCCUCAGCUACAAGGAGUUAAGUGGAUUAAACAAAAAUACGGUGAUAAGUUGUGUGUCAUACGUCUUGGCCAAAAAGGGUACCUUGAUACAAUAGAGAAAGGAAUCAUUAAAGGCGAGACAGUUCUUUUAGAAAACAUUGGAGAAACGGUGGAUCCAGUUUUAGACCCACUGCUAGGUAGAAACUUAAUCAAAAAAGGAAGAGCCAUAAAAAUUGGAGAUAAAGAGGUUGAAUAUAGUCCUAAUUUUAGAUUGAUUCUUCACACUAAGCUAGCUAAUCCUCAUUAUAAACCAGAAAUGCAAGCUCAAACUACAUUGGUAAACUUUACGGUAACAAGGGAUGGCUUAGAAGAUCAACUAUUAGCGGAAGUGGUCAAAGCUGAAAGACCUGACCUUGAGGAAUUAAAGGCAGAACUAACUAAGCAACAGAACGAGUUUAAAAUUCAAUUAAAAGAGCUUGAAGAUGAUUUACUUUCUAGGUUGUCCUCAGCUGGGGAAAAUAUUUUGGGUGACACGGCUUUAGUUGAAAAUUUGGAAACCACCAAAAAGACGGCGGCUGAUAUAGAAAAGAAAGUCACAGAAGCUAAAGUCACAUCGCAUCAAAUAGACCAAGCUCGUGAAUUUUACCGACCUGCGUCAGCAAGAGCUUCAUUGCUUUAUUUCAUACUUAACGAUUUGAACACUAUAAAUCCCAUUUACCAAUUUUCUCUAAAGGCCUUCAGUGUUGUAUUCCAAAAAGCUAUUUCUCGAGCGGAGCCAGCGGAAGAAGUUAGUCAACGUGUUAAGAAUCUCAUAGAUUGCAUUAGCUAUUCUGUCUUCCAAUAUACUUCCAGAGGUUUAUUUGAAUGCGAUAAGUUAAUAUUUGCAUCACAAAUGACCUUUCAGGUGCUCUUAAUGAGCGAAGAAAUUUCUCCUGCAGAUUUAGACUUUUUCCUGAGAUUUCCAAUUAAGCCCCAUGUAACAAGUCCAGUAGACUUUUUGUCAAAUCAAAGCUGGGGUGGCAUAUGUUCUCUCGCAAGUAAGGAUGAGUUCAGGAAUCUGGAUCGGGAUAUAGAGACAUCGCCUAAACGAUGGAAGAAAAUAGUGGAAAUGGAAUGUCCAGAAAGGGAAAAAUUCCCACAAGAAUGGAAGAAUAAGACCGCUCUGCAACGAUUAUGCAUGCUUAGAGCUUUACGACCUGAUAGAAUGACUUACGCUGUGGCAGCAUAUAUUGAAGAAAGAAUGGGUACAAAAUAUGUCGAAAAUAGAACGGUAGAGUUCAGUAAAUCUUUCGAAGAAACAAGUCCAACGACGCCUAUAUUCUUUAUCCUCUCGCCUGGUGUAAAUCCAUUGAAGGAUGUGGAGGCUCUAGGCAAGGUUAUGGGAUUUUCUGUCGAUCGGAAUAAUUUCCACAACGUAUCACUAGGUCAAGGGCAGGAAGUAGUAGCCGAACAAGCAAUGGAUGAGGCUCUCCAGAAGGGGCAUUGGGUUGUGUUACAGAAUAUCCAUUUGGUCAAGAAAUGGUUGCCAAGUCUUGAGAAGAAAAUGGAGAGUUUUGCCUCGGGUUGCCAUGACGAUUUCCGUUUGUUUAUGUCUGCUGAACCAGCCGCUACGCCUGCCGCUCACAUUAUCCCUCAGGGCAUCCUGGAAUCCAGCAUAAAAAUUACCAAUGAACCCCCUACAGGAAUGCAGGCAAACAUCCAUAAAGCUCUAGACAAUUUUAACCAAGAGACUCUAGAGAUGUGUGGUAAAGAAGCAGAAUUCAAGGCCAUAUUAUUUGCUCUAUGCUACUUCCACGCUGUAGUGGCGGAAAGAAGGAAAUUUGGGCCCCAAGGCUGGAAUAAAAUCUAUCCUUUUAAUGUUGGCGAUCUUACCAUAAGUGUCUUCGUUUUAUAUAACUACUUGGAGGCAAAUUCUAAAGUUCCAUGGGAAGAUUUGAGAUAUUUAUUUGGUGAAAUCAUGUAUGGUGGUCACAUAACUGAUGACUGGGAUAGACGCCUCUGUAACGCUUAUUUAGAGGAACUUAUGCAACCUGACCUUGUCGAUGGUGAGCUACAACUAGCACCAGGAUUUCCAGCUCCGCCUAAUACAGAUUAUUCUGGCUACCACCAAUACAUCGAAGACGCGAUGCCCGCCGAAUCGCCGUAUUUGUACGGCCUCCACCCGAACGCCGAGAUAGGUUUUCUGACGACCACUUCGGAGAAUUUAUUCCGAACUAUAUUCGAAAUGCAACCGAGAGACGCGCAGGCUUCCGGCGCUACCACCGUUACAAGAGAAGAUAAGGUUAAACAAAUGCUAGAUGAAAUAAUGGAGAAGCUGCCAGAGGAGUUUAACAUGGUCGAAAUAAUGGGCAAAGUGGAGGAACGGACGCCUUACGUUAUUGUUGCUUUCCAAGAAUGUGAGCGGAUGAAUAACCUAACAGGCGAAAUGAAAAGAUCGCUUAAGGAAUUAGAUUUAGGGCUAAAGGGAGAACUUACAAUAACUUCUGAUAUGGAAGACUUGGAAAAUGCUCUAUUCCUAGAUCAAGUACCAGCAAUUUGGGCUAAUAAGGCAUAUCCAUCCUUACUUGGUUUGUCAGCAUGGUUUGUUGAUCUACUAUUGCGACUUCGGGAACUGGAAACGUGGGCCACUGACUUUGUUCUCCCAGUAUCUGUUUGGCUGGCUGGCUUCUUCAAUCCGCAGAGUUUGUUAACGGCGAUUAUGCAAAGUACGGCUCGUCGUUACGAAUUGCCUUUGGACAAGAUGUGUCUCCAGUGUGACGUCACCAAGAAAAUGAAAGAAGAGUUCACGAUUGCUGACUCCAGGUCAGCCCCUCGGGACGGUGCCUAUGUUCACGGUUUGCUCAUGGAAGGCGCCCGUUGGGAUGUCCAAGCGGGCAUCAUUAUGGACUCUCGACUCAAAGACUUGUUUCCACCAAUGCCUGUCAUCAAUGUCCGGGCAAUAACGCAGGACAAGCAAGAUCUUCGGAACAUGUACGAGUGUCCCGUAUACAAGACUCGCACCCGCGGCCCUACUUACGUUUGGACUUUCAACUUGAAGACAAAGGAUAAGCCUGCAAAAUGGACCCUAGCCGGAGUGGCAUUGUUGCUCCAAAUU